AUGGCGUUCUUUCUCACCAUCGUGCUGGCUUUUCUGUCAAUAGCCAGCGCAGCAUCAUUGUCUGCCAAUUAUCCUAUCAACGCGCAAUUGCCACCUGUUGCCCGAGUUUCACAGCCUUUCCGAUUUGAGUUCGCCCAAAGUACUUUCUCUAACAGUGACGCGGACACUAAAUACUCGCUAUCAAAUGCACCAUCAUGGCUCGAAGUGGACAGCAACAGUCUCACCUUGUCCGGUACGCCACACUCAGGCGACAGUGGCGCCACCAAGUUCAAACUUGUGGCAUCGAAUGGAUCGGAAAAAGACAGCAUGGAUGUUACUUUAAUCGUGACAGCAGACCAGGGACCAACAGUGAACAAACCACUUGUAACUCAACUGCAGAAAUUGGGACCGGUCUCAUACCCUGCCACGCUAUUCGUCCAUCCAGGUCGUCCAUUCUCGAUCGAGUUCGAUCAAGACACCUUCGACAACACGCAUCCUUCCACAAUCUACUACGGAACAUCACCGAACAACGCCCCGCUGCCUUCCUGGAUCAAUUUCGACCCGGCAGCCCUGAAGUUUGCUGGAAAUAGCCCUGCUUUUCCAGGCGCAGGGCCUCAAACAUUUACUUUCCAGCUGAUCGCAUCAGAUGUAGCUGGAUACAGUGCGGCCAACAUGACUUUUGAGCUUUCGAUCGGUCCCCAUAUUCUGACAUUCAACGAGACUGUCCAAAACUUCAACCUUACGAGAGGAGAAGAGUUCAACAGCCCCAAAUUCAAUAGCAUUCUGUCUAUGGACGGUUCGCCAACUUCUAUUAAGGAGCUGGCAAAAGUCGAUGCUGAAUUGCCGAACUGGUUGAAGCUGGAUAAGGACAAUAUAUCGCUGAGCGGGACGCCACCCAAGAAUGCUGUGAACCAGAAUAUCACUAUUGCCGUUACGGAUUCUUUCCAGGACCAAGCGCACUUGAUGGUUCGCCUGGAGUUCUUGAAGUUGUUCCUUGACACCGUCGAGGGCUGCGAGGCAGCCAUUGGCCAAGACUUCAAGUUUGUGUUCAACCAGUCUAUCGUCACCGAUGACUCUGUACGAUUGGAGGUCGAUUUGGACAAUGCCAAAGACCUUACGUGGCUUACCUACUUCUCGGACAACAAGACUCUUUACGGACACGUUCCGGAGGACAUGGAUCCCAAGAAGUUCACCAUCCCUCUUACUGCAUAUCAAGGGUCGACCGAAGACACAAUGGACUUCAUUCUCGAUGUUCUCAAAGCCUCGGACACGCAUUCGAACCCCACAGAUCCGUUCACCGAUUCUGACAGCCCCAGCCACAAGAAGGCCGGCAUCAUCGCCAUCUCAGUCGUGGUUCCACUUGUGGUGAUUCUGAGUCUGCUGAUACUCUUCUGCUGCUGGCGUAGCCGCAAGAGCUCACCCACGGUCGAAGAGGGUCCAUCCGACAGCAAGGUUGCUCCACCACGACCUGUUAGACCAGAUGUUCCUAAUUGCCAGCCAUCCAUGACGGAAAGACCUUCCCGCGAUGACAACUCUGAAGAUUGGAUGAGUCCUAUCACCCCAUCGUCGAUUCCCAAGCUCGAACUUGGGCCCGCGUGGAACGUGUCAUCAUUUGAUAAACGGGAGCACCCAGUGAACUUUGCUAUCCCUGGGCCCAUUGUUCCCCCUCGCUCUCCUGCUCGCAACUCUCCCACUCGCAACUCUCCCACUCGCAACUCUCCCACUCGCAACUCUCCCACUCGCAACUCUCCCACUCGCGGGAACUUUGUCCCACUGCGAGAUACCAUCAUCCAAGAGGACAAGCCCGUUCAAACCAUCUCACCUUCCAAGAAGCAAAACAAUCGCCUCUCAUCCACAAACAGUCCCCUGCGUCGUAGGACUACCAACCGGUCCCGACGAGAGCCAUUGAAGCCGAUCCAGCCGCGAGCCAUGAAGCGAGAAUCUCUCCAAUCAUCCAAGUCCAAGAGAUACUCAAAGCGCUCGAGCGGUAUCUCCACCAUUGCCUCUGGACUGCCCGUACGAUUCAGCGGAGCUGGUCAUGGCGCUGGCGGCUUCGGACCUCCUGGCCACGGCGUGGUGCACACAUCAUGGCAAAACGCGCGAGCCUCAAUGAUGAGCGAUGAGACCAACGUAACAAACAUGGCACCAAUGUUCUCGCGUCUGCCAGCAGCAGGACGCAUGCGCCACAGCAUGGCAUCUAGCAUCCCCGACAACUAUAAGCGCAUGACCCUACGCACCGUCGAGCCCGACGACUCCAUCCCUUCCGAAGCCGAUUCCCUAGAAGCCUUUGUCCACAGCCGAGCCAAGCACCGCAACUCCUCCAACCCUCUCUUCUCCGCGCAAAUCAGCCGGCGCACUUCCUCAGGCAUGCGUGCGCUCGACCGAAACCGCAGCAUGCGCAGCCGCGCCGACACCGUCUCUGUGUCAACCUUCAGCGACGAAUUCCGCCAAUCCAUCCAAGAACGGCCCUUGUCAACUGCGAUGUCGGCCUCGGAAUACGGCGACGACAACAACCCCAGUCGCUUCUCCCAAUAUCAGAACCAGGCCGGUCUGUUUCCCCUUGCUGAAGGCAGCGCAUAUGGCCAGAGCCAGUUGAGUCUUGCACAAGACUACCGUGGUGCUAUCUCCCCGCUGCCGCGGUUCUGGAGCGAGAAUAGUAUGGGCAGUGCUCGGCGGUUGGAGGGCCAGAGCCAGAGCCAGGGCAGCUCCCAGCCCCAUAAAGUGAAUGAUGAAAACGCUAUGCCGCACAGUUCGUCUAUGAUCUCGGAUUUGGAUGAGCAUCUGUCGCGAAAGGCUAGCCCUAAUAAGAGCGCGAAUCAACAGUGGUGGUUGCCAUCGCCUCUUGAGCCCCCGCGGCCACUGAAGAAUGCCGGUAAUCGGGGUCUUCCUAUAGCCAGUAGUGGAGAGCUGGCAUUUGUUUGA